AUGUAUAUAUCAUAGGCAUGCAGCGCAUCUAGUGUCCCACUUAAGCAGGAAACACAUGCAAGAGGAAGUGCGUGUCCCGGCGAAUGGCCGGAUAAUCCCAUUAAUAUACUUGAGAUGACUCCACAGACAAUUCGAUCAUUAUCAUUUGUGAUCUAUAGUUUGCUUAUAUUGAUUGCCUUUGCGAUUGUGAGGACAUAAGCCACUGCACGAGCAGCACGACUCUCGUCUGUGGGACCAUUAGGGUGCAUCACUAUCAGAUGAUGUAGGACGUAUACUCAUCGCAUCGGGUGCAAAUUAACCCCGGUUGAUCCGCCGGCUAUAUUACUGUAAGGCUGACAAUACUCAUUAUGCGCACUUGCUCGUUAUGAUUGGAAAGGAAUUUCCUACGUACACGUUUCCCACUUUGCCGACGACCGACUAUAUAUACAUGUGAACCUCGUAAUAUACAGGCCGAUGGCAGGAAAAGUGCACGGUGUGUCGAACUUCUGUUGUUGAUUUGGGUUGAUUAUUGAUUCACUGUUUUUUUUUGAAUGGGCAAGCAAACCCCUGUGUUUCACCGGAACAAACAUCGAGUGUACACCUCGGCGAGUUACUACAAAGCCAAGGUAUAUUUAACUGUCCAUGUAGGUGAAUCCGCUGUAACGCAUUUGUAUGAUAAUGUUGUCAGGGGUUUCUUUUUAAAUUAUCUAUCUCCUGGUCUGUCAAAAACAGUCAAGCAAUACUACACUGUGAGAGUCUAGAAGUUGAAAUGUGAACACUCAGUGUUUACUAGCUUUCGAAGUUAACCUUCACCAUAAGAACACGUUGGUUUGUGCAAGGAUACACCAUUAUAUUUGAUAAGGAACUCUGGCAAAUAACAGGACCUUCAGGAAAACUUUCCUCCAAGGAACCUUACAAACAUGGUAUCGGUGAAUCUCAGUGGCUCUUGGAAGUUGGUGAGCAGUGAGAACUUGGACAAGUUCUUGAAGGAGUGUGGCGUCGGGAUGGUCCACCGGACGAUGGCAUGUAAAGUGUGUCCUACGGUGGUCAUCAAACAGGAUGGGAUGGACAACUUCGAGAUCGCCACCAAGACCACCCUGAACAAGCAGGAGAUGUGCUUCAGGGUCGACGAGGUCUUCAAGGGGAACAUACCCUGGGAGAAAUCGGACAGGGAGAUGAAGGCAUCUUGGGAAGAUGAGAAGCUCGUCAUCAGGAUGGUGGAUGACAAAGAUGGUAGCGGACCUGUGUUUUCCCGUUAUCUCGACGGGGAACAGCUCGUCUUGGCUCAGAGCAAGAAAGGAGUGGAAUCCAAGCGGUAUUUUCAGAAGAUAUUACAAACUAAAGAGAAUGACUAAAAAAAGACAUCAUUGGGGGAACAUCUCGUGCUAUCUCAGAGCAAAUUAGGUGGAAUCCAAGAGGUAUUUUCAGAGGAUACUACAAACUAAAGAUAGUGACCAAAAGAACAUUCAUUUUGGGAACGUCUCGUACUAGCUUAGCACAAGAAAGGGGUGGAAUCCAAGCGGUACGACAAACUAAAGAUGAUGAUCAAAAGAACAUUCUUUUUUGGAACGUCUCGUACUUGCUUAGCGCAAGAAAGGGGUGGAAUCCAAGCGGUAUUUUCGGAGGAUAUUACCAACUAAAGAGAAUGACUAAAAGAACAUAAUUUUGGGAACAUCUUGUACUAGCUUAGAGCAAGAAAGGUGUGAACUCCAAGCGAUAUUUUACAGAUGAUAUCCCAAACUAAAGAGAGUGACUGGAAAUAACAUCCGUCUUUUUUAAUUCUAUGCGAUAACAUAAUUAUACACUAAGGCUGAUAUUCACUUUAAUCGCUGAAAGUAUUUUAUAUUGCAAUAAUAUGUGCUUAUUAUGCAAUUUGAAUUUGUAAUCUUAUAUGUAUAUCAAAGCUAUGCAUCUGUAUAUAUUGCACAAUGAUAAUUUUAAUAUCAUUUGCCAUGAUUGUUUACGCCGCCACUGUAGUAUGCAAUCAAAAGGACUAGGCUGAAGUGCCCCUGUAUCUAAAACAGCAAUCAAAAUUAUGAUAUGUAACAAAAUUUGAAAUAAAAAUUCAUAUCGUUGCAAUAAGUAAUUGGUUAUUUAUUUCAGGAGAAAAUCCCCCUUCAAUGCUUUUCUUUCAAGGCUGUAAGAAUUAAUUUUGGUAAUUUGAAAUGUAAUAAUUGACCACGGCAGUACACUGUGUCUGAAUGUGUCAGUUUACUAAUAUUGUGAUAAUCAAUAUUAUUACUAUUAAUACUGUUAUCAUUAUCACUGGUUUUAUUAUUGUUAUUUUUAAUGCUAUUAUUAUAUCUUGAUUGCCAUGGUCGAUAUUUUUUUUCUUUACUUUUAUAAAUAUUCUUAUAUUGCAAUCAUUGGAAUCAUUUUACUGUUCUUUGAAAACAUCCUUAUCAUCAUAACUGAUCAAUUACGAUUAUGAAUAAUGUCUAUCGUAGGUCUGUGUGAAAGUAAUUGAUAUGCGAUACACAUAUACAUGUACGUGUACAAAGCCAUGAUCUUCUUUGAAUAAAAUUACGAUAUAUGAAGCAACAAACCAUUUGUAUUAAGACGAUAUCAAGGAAGUGCUGUGCAUGUUACAUAUUGCCAUCAUUUGCAAAUAUGAAGAACUCGUGUCUAUUGUUUGGAAGUACGUGUAUAUAUCAUCUUUGCGAUUCCAAGUGUAUACUCAAAUGGAAAUCGAAACUGUCAUUUCAUAGG